AUCUUUCCCUCUUCCAGACCCCGCGGGACGGGCCUAUCAUUCGGGUCCGGACGAUGCGAUCGCAAGACUACAUUACCCACAAGGCCGUUCGUGUCGCAACGGGGCGUGGCCCGUCGUUGGUGUCACGGACCGGGAUCCGACGUGCGUCCUGACGUCGCCACUGCUGGCGCGUGUGCGCGAUGAGGUCAUCGGGGAGCGUGCCGUUGGGGGUGGGGGAGUGAGAAAGACAGAGGGAGGAAGCGCUGCUGUUGGGUUUCCUUCCUGGACUCGCUCUCCUUGGGACUGGUGUUUUAUUAAUGGCUGUUAGUUUAAAACAGGAAGUAAAUGAAAUUGAAACGCAACUUUUGAAAAAAAAUUAAAUGAGUAUUAGAUGCAUCUGGAUGUUGCUUUUUAACUCCGCACGUUUUGGGGCAAAGUUAAGCUGAAGUGAAAAAUGCCCAGAAGGAAACAGUCCAAUCCUCAACCUGUGAAAAUUGAGUCAGAGGAUGGCUGUGAACAAAAUGGGCCUGAAGAACUGGUCCUGCAGAGUGACAUGAUGCUAGGGCAAGACCUGGAGUUUGAAUCUUCCAAGAAGAUCAUGGGCUUUGAAAAAGAUUCAAAAGGUUCUGAUAGCUUGGGAUUUAUUCAUGCAAAUGACAAUGGGGUGUUUUCACCAAGCUGCAAACGACUCAAGAUUGGGAAGGAACCGCAAAAUUAUGUUGAGAUGGUGGAUAACCAAGUGGGAUCUACCCCAAGGCCACUUGAUAUGCCCACAGACAGCUUUGUUGAUUCCCCUCAACAGACCAAUGGUUUGGUCAAUCAGAACAGCAUGGAAGCCAAUGUGGACACGAUAUUAGGAGAAGACUGUAGCUUUGAGGAAUCUUCCACAGGUUGUGGUGGUCUGAACAAAACCCAAGUCCUGGCUGAUAACUUGUAUAAAUGUCCUGACUGCAGCUAUACAUCAAAUCAGUUGGGUAAGAUAAAGUGUCAUUUCCUGAUUCAUGAAGGCCAGAAGCCUUUGCAAUGUGACAAUACAUCUGACCAAUUCGAAACACCUGUUCAAACUCAAACUCCGAAAAAGACCAUCAAAUGUAGCUCCUGUGACUUUGCUUGUGAUCGUGUGGUAACCCUAACACGACACAAGAGGAAACACAUGAAAAAUAAGCCUGCAUUAGGAAGAAAGAGCACUGUUUCAAGUAAACUCUUGCGGACAGAAAGUGACCGAACUACUGUCAGAAGUGAGGAAAAGAAGUUUUACAACUGCUCAUAUUGUAGCUAUACAUCAUCAUUGAUGGGGAACCUGCAGCGCCACAUUCGAAUUCACCUUGGAGAGAAGCCCUUUAAGUGUGACCAGUGCUACUAUGCAACUGGCCAGUCAGGGAACUUGAAGCGCCAUAAGCUAACUCAUACACAGAAAAAGUCUUUCACAUGCAAUCAGUGUGAUUAUGCAUCUGGUCAGAUGGGAAAUCUCAAGCGUCAUAUGCUGAUACAUACAAGAAAGAAAUCCUUCAAAUGCAGCCAGUGUGACUACACAGGGGAUAGCAUGGCAGAUUUAAUGCGGCACAAGCAAAAUCAUAAAGAUGACAAAAGUUUACUGCGCAAUAAUGAAACUGAUGCAACUGCAAUUAAAGCAAGUGGUGAGGAGAAGCCUUAUAAAUGUUUAUACUGUAGCUAUGCAUCACCUUUGCUUGGAAAUCUCCAGCGACACACCCGUAUUCACCUUGGAGAAAAACCUUUCAAGUGUGACAAAUGUGAUUAUUCCUCCUGUCAAAUGGGGAACCUUAAGCGUCAUUCACUCACACACACGCGGGAAAAAAUGUUCAAAUGCCACCAUUGUGGAUACAGCUGUGGUAAUUUAUUAGACUUAAAACAGCAUAAAGAGACUCACAUCAAAGGAAAGCUUCAGCAAGAUGAGGAAAAUAAUGUACAGGAUACAUCAAGCGUUACCAAUACAGCCUCAAUCCAUACUCCUGAGCAAGUUGCAACAAAAAUUGGAGAGGCAAAGCCUUAUAAAUGUUUAUAUUGCGACUAUACGUCACUACUGUUGGGGAAUCUUCAAAGGCACACUCGAAUUCACCUAGGAGAGAAACCUUUCAAAUGUGACCAAUGCGACUAUGCAACUUACCAGUCAGGGCACCUUAAGAGGCACAGACAGACCCACACACACAGAAAAUCGCUCAAAUGUCGCAUAUGUGACUAUGUCUGUAACAACAUGGUAGACCUAAAGCAACAUCAGCAAGAACAUACUGAGAAAAACGCAAGUGGAGAAAAGAAGCCUUACAAAUGUACAUACUGUAAUUACGUAUCUUCUUUAUCAGGGAACCUUCAAAGGCACAUUCGGAUUCAUCUGGGAGAAAAGCCCUUCAAAUGUGAUCAGUGUGAGUAUGCAUCGCACCAGUCAGGAAAUCUCAAGCGUCAUGUAUUAACUCAUUCUCGACCCAAGUCAUUUAAAUGUGGCAUCUGCUAUUACACCUGUAGCUCUGUAAUAGAAUUGAAGGAACAUAAGGAGAGUCAUGUCAAGAAAGAAUUGCUGUUGGAAAAUGAUGAGAACGGAAAUGAGAAAGCUCAAGAGCUUUAUUCCUGCAAGCUGUGUAGCUUUAUCUCAGAGUACCCAGGCCACCUCAUGCGCCACAUGAAAACGCACAAUUCAGAGAAACCCUAUAAGUGUCACUACUGUAACUACGCAACAGUGCAACAGGGUAACCUUAAGCGGCACAUAUUAAUCCAUACUGGGGAAAAGCCCUUCAAAUGCAAUGAGUGUAAUUACACCUGUAGCCGCAUGGAAAAUUUGAAGCGGCACAAGCUAAUUCAUGCAGAGAAAAUGUUUUCGGGGGAAGGCGGCAGUUCAGUGAAAUCCGAGAAACCCUAUUGUUGUGUAUUGUGCAAUUUUAAAGCCCAGUACCCAAGUAUACUUGCAAGGCAUGUGAAGACGCAUGCAGAAUCGACGAGGAAAAGCACAGGUAAAAAACCUUUCCAGUGUGAGAAAUGUACCUACUCUACUAGUAGUGUAAUCAGAUGGAAGGUACACUUGCAGAAUCAUGUGGAUAAUGAAGGGGAACUACAUUGCAAGGAAGAGAGAGAGUGUGAAAAUGUCCAAAAAUAUUUUUCUUGCAAUCUGUGUGACUUCAUUACACAACAUCCCAAUGAUUUAAUGGGACAUAUGAAAACACACAGCACAGGCUCAGUGUCCAGUGAUUCCCAGGUGCCUUCCAAAGAGACUGUUGUUCAUCAUAGUAGUGAAAACAUAUUUUCUUGUAAAUUGUGCAGUUUUGUCACCCAAUACCCAAACCACUUCAUAAUGCACAUGAAAACACACAUGAAAACGCACAGCAACAGCAAAAGUGAAUACCAGUGUUCCCACUGCAACUAUACUACCAAACAAUCUGGGAACUUCAAACGCCAUAUCCAGGUACACUUAGGUGUCAGGCCAUUUAAAUGCAACAAAUGCAACUACGCAUCUAUUAAUUUUGCAAAUUUGAAGAGGCACUUACAAACGCACUUGAAGCAAGCAUCUAACCAGUUGGAUUCCUCAUCUUCUCAAAUGGUUGAUCUUGAACAACUGGAGAAUACUAGCAUAAAAAAAGAAAAAGAGAAUGAUUUGUGUUUACAGGAAGAUAAGCUUGAAAAUGAUAUUCCUGAACACGUCUCCUCUGAAUCAAGUGGAUCUUUCCACAGUCGUGUUUCAAGGAAUUUGAAACGGAGAAGACCGUACAAAUGUUCCCAUUGCUAUUAUGAGACUAUAGAGUUGGGGAACCUUAACAGACAUAUCAGGAGCCACAAAGGAGAAAAGCCUUUUAAAUGCAGCCAGUGCAAUUAUGCUUCCACACAAUUGGUCAAUGUCAAACGGCACCUUCGAACACAUGCAGGAAAAGAAUCCUAUCAGUGUACUCAAUGUGCGUUUGUAUCUGAGAGCAAGGCAGCCUUUAAACGCCACACAGACAAUCACCUGGCAAGGAUGGAGAUUAAACAAGAAGUGGAAGAUGAAAAUAGCCUUAGCAAGGAACAGAAAGUCUUCUCUUGCAGAUUGUGUAAUUUUGUCUCGCAGUACCAGAGCAACCUCAUAAGACACAUGAACAUACACAACUACAAAAGGCCAUAUAAAUGUUCACAGUGUAACUAUGUCUCUGCGCAACUGGGCAACCUUAAGCGGCAUAUGAGGAACCAUAUAAAGAAAGAAACUUUCCAGUGUGACCAGUGUAACUACUCAUGUGCUUCUAUGACCAACCUCAAGCGACAUGCCAGGGUUCACACAAACUCCGAGAUCUUGGAUUUCCUGCAGAGUGCCGAUGAAGCUGGAAGCCUGCUGGACACAGGGAAUGGAGUUGUGGAAUCUAGCUCAUUCCCAGGACUGAUGCUUCCUCUCACUUGCCAGCGGUGUGGCAUGGUGCUGGAUGACUCUGUACAGGCAACUUGUUUGGUCGGCCAGCACUGUCCAAGAUGUGUCUUUGAUGGCUUGAUCCAUGGUUUCGGGGAGGAAGGGGAAGGAGAGGAUUUAGGAGGAGAACGGAGCAGCCCAGAAAAAGGUGACAAGGUUUUCCCUUGCAAGCUGUGCACUUUUAUCUCUCAGUAUCCCAAUCACCUGAUGAGGCACAUGAAAACCCAUAGUGGUGAAAAACCAUACAAAUGCUCACAAUGCCAGUACGCUUCAGCUCACCUUGACAAUCUCAAGAGGCAUGUCCGCAUUCAUACUGGUGAGAAGCCCUUCAAGUGUGAUCGGUGCAAUUAUGCCUGUGGCAACCUGGCGAACCUGAAGAGACAUGAACGCAUCCACUCGGGCGACAAACCAUUUAAGUGCCAUAUCUGCAAUUACAGCUGUAACCAGAGCAUGAAUCUCAAACGCCACAUGCUGAGGCACACUGGAGAGAAGCCGUUCAAAUGUCCCCAGUGUGAGUACACCACUGGACACUGGGACAACUACAAAAGGCACCAGAAGACACAUGGAUGGAUGGAUGGAUCCCAGAAGGACUUCCAGGAACAAAGACAAGAAUCAGGCAUGACAGGCUUGAGGAACAUGGAUUGAUUACUCUUUGUCAGGAUGUUU